ACGAACUGUCAGUGCUUCGCGGCAGCUAGUCUUGUUUUGCCGCACCGGAUUUUCCGCGGAGUCGGUUCCGUCCGCCGCUUUCCGGGUGCACGGGACUUUCGACGAAUUGUUUCGAGUGACAGUGACAAAUGUGGAUAAUUUGAAGUUGGUACAGCAGAGAAAGUGUCUUCUUGUUAUACAAUCUUCAUUUUUCAAGUGUACCCAAACUCACAGCAGAUGAUUCGAUCCAAGAGUUUAAUCCACGGGUUGCAGCAAACGUCCAGAAUGAAAAAUAAUCUGUUGCAUCGUUUGCAAGGAAGCUACCUGUCCGCACUGCCGCUGCUGUUCCUCCUCUCCGCAACACCAGCUGUGUCCUCGUCGGACUGGUGGCAGGACACGGUCUUCUACCAGAUCUACCCGCGUUCCUUCAUGGACAGCGACGGCGACGGGGUGGGGGAUUUGCGCGGGAUUACCUCAAGGUUGGGGCACCUGGCGGACGCGGGCAUUGGAGCGACGUGGAUGUCGCCGAUAUUCAAGUCUCCCAUGGUGGACUUUGGGUACGACAUUGAGGACUAUAUGGCGAUUCAGCCGGAAUAUGGAAGUAUGGAGGACUUUGACGCGCUGAUGGAGGAAGCGAACCGGUUGGGGAUUCGGGUGGUGCUGGAUUUCGUACCGAACCAUAGCAGCGAUCGGUGCGAGUGGUUUCGGCGGUCGGCGGCGAGGGAGCCCGGGUAUGAGGACUUUUACGUGUGGCACGAUGGGAAGGAGAAUCCGGACGGGGGGCAGCCGUUGGUGCCGAAUAAUUGGCAAUCGGUGUUCUACGGAUCAGCGUGGACGUUCCAUCCGGGUCGAGGUCAGUACUAUCUGCAUCAGUUCACCAAGGAGCAACCGGAUCUGAACUUCCGCAACCCAGCCGUGGUAGAGCGAAUGAAGGACGUGAUGCGGUUCUGGUUGGGCAAGGGUGUGGCGGGUUUUCGGGUGGACGCCGUGAACCACCUCUUUGAAGUGGAGGACUUUCGCGAUGAGCCGGUGACCGGAACCGAUCCAGAUCCACUGUCGUACGGCUUUACCCAUCACUACUACACAAAAGAUUUGCCGGAGGUGUACGACAUGGUGUACCAGUGGCGUUCCCUCUUGGACGCCUGGACGCAGGAUCACGGUGGUCCAACCCGUAUCAUGAUGACCGAAGCGUACGCCAACAUAACCUUCACCAUGAAGUACUACCGAUCGGAGGACGGGUCAAGGGUAGGAUCACACAUGCCCUUCAACUUCCUCCUUAUUACCGACCUUAAUCAAGCUUCUACGGCGCAAGACUUUGUGUUUACGAUCAACAAGUGGCUGACUUACAUGCCACGGGAUCAGCAAGCCAACUGGGUCAUUGGGAACCACGAUCAACCGCGUGUUGGGUCGCGGUACGGAGUUGACCGCAUCGACGCGAUCAACACACUGUUGAUGACUCUACCUGGCAUCGCCGUCACGUACUAUGGUGAGGAGAUCGGCAUGGUAGACUACAAGAACGUGUCCGGGGUUGAAACGGCGGGAUCGGAUGUUUUCAUCGAUUUCUCUCGGGAUCCGGAGCGGACUCCGUUUCAGUGGAAUGAUGGGAAGAACGCGGGAUUCUCAAGUGGGGAAAGUACGUGGCUUUCGGUGAAUCCCAACUAUGUUGAUUUGAAUCUCGAAAAGCAGAAGCAAGCGGAGCGGAGUCACUACAAAACCUACCAGGAGUUGGUGAAGCUGAGAAAGCACGAGACGUUCCGGAAGGGAUCGAUCCAAAUGAUUCCGUACAACGAGCAGGUGGUGAUAUUCGUUAGGGAACUCCCCGGCCAUCCAACGUUCGUAACCGUCCUCAACCUGGGUCCCCGUGAGCAACAGCUGGAUCUUUCGAUAUUCACGCGACUGUCAGCAGAGCUGAACGUGGCCGUGGCGUCCUCCCGGUCCAACUUUCGCGCCGGAGAUGCGGUUCAGCGAGAUCGGCUGACGCUGGGAGCGUUUGAUUCAUUGGUUCUGCAGGAAAGUGAAAGCCACCUCCGGCUGCCGUUUGGAGUGUCCCUUCCGGUGGGUCGACUGUGGGGCGGUUCGGGCGUGACCUCCCGCCAGCUGGGCGUAGGGGACGUGGCCCUAAUUGCGUCGAUAUUAAUUGCACUGGGCGCGCUCGGCGGUGGCUGCUGUAUUCAUUUUGGCAUGCGCCGUCAAAAGGCAAACCAACCGCAGGUUGAGUCCGAGAAGCAGCGAAAGUUUGGAGGUGCGUGGCGCGGUGCAGCGAGGUCACUUUCGGUGGGUUGUACAGACUGUGCAGUGCUGUAUUGUGUUCGAAAAAGAAGAAGUGAAGUGGUUGGGAUCAUGCGCGGAGUGGUCCUUGCGACGUUGGCGACCGUCGUGUUGGCGCACGGAUUGAGCGUCCGGAACGACGAUGGUCACGAUCAUGGGGAGUCGGACUGGUGGGAAGGUGGAGUGUUUUACCAGAUUUAUCCGAGGUCGUUCAAAGACAGUGACGGGGAUGGUGUUGGUGAUAUCAAGGGAAUUACGGAGCAGUUGGACCACUUGAAGGAUCUGGGUGUGGAUGGAGUGUGGUUUAGUCCGCUGUUCAAGUCACCGAUGGCGGACUUUGGGUACGACAUUUCCGACUUCCGGGAUGUGGAUCCGAUCUUUGGUACGAUGGAAGAUUUGGACGCGUUGUUGGCGAAAUCGAAGGAGAUUGGAGUGAAGGUUAUUCUGGACUUUGUACCGAAUCAUAGCAGUGAUGAGCACGAGUGGUUCGAGAAGGCAAAGCAGGGUGAUCCAAAGUACAGGGACUAUUACGUGUGGCGUGAAGGACGUCGGAUCGGUAUGGAGUAUAUGCCGCCGACCAAUUGGGUUGCGGUGUUCCACACCCCGGCUUGGACGAAGCUUGACGGUGAAACUCACUACUACCUGCAUCAGUUCGAUAAGAAGCAGCCAGACCUGAACUAUCGCAAUGCUGAGGUCAAGAAGGAAAUGGAUGAUAUGAUUAGGUUUUGGCUGGAUAAGGGCGUUGACGGGUUCCGGAUUGAUGCGAUCAACCACGUUUACGAGGAUCCGGACUUCCAAGAUGAAGCUAUCAUCGAUGAGAAUCUUCCACCGUCUUAUGGAAACAUGUAUCAUAAUCUUACUAAGGAUUUGGAAGAAAACUACGAAAUAAUCUACUCUUGGCGCGAAAUUUUCGAUUCGUACAAGGAAAAGGACGGCCACACUCGCUUCAUGAUGACCGAGGCGUACGCUUCGCUCGAGGAUCUGAUGAAGUGGUUCGGCACCGAGCAACGGCGGGGAUCGCACAUGCCGUUCAACUUUGACUUUAUCAUGUCGAUCAACAGUGGUUCGCUGGCCGACGACUACAAGAGGCUGAUUGAUGAAUGGAUCGCCGCUAUGCCGAGCUUCGGAAGUCCGAACUGGGUGCUCGGUAAUCAUGACCGUCCACGAGUUGCUUCGCGUUAUGGACGCGAUCGCGCCGCCGGAAUGGCCAUUAUGGAGAUGACUCUGCCGGGAAUCGCUGUGGUUUACUACGGUGAGGAGAUCGGUAUGGAAGAUAAUCGCGAUAUCACCUGGGAAGAUACGCAGGAUCCUCAGGCGUGCAACACCAACCGAGAUGUAUUCCAAGAACAUACCAGAGAUCCAGUUCGAACGCCAUUCCAGUGGGACUCCUCGAAGCAUGCUGGAUUCUCACCUGACAACGCAAUCGAUACGUGGCUGCCAGUUCAUCCAAACUACGAGGAAAUCAACCUGGCUGCCCAGAAGGAAGACCCCAACAGCAUGUUCAAGCUGUACCAGAAGCUGAUCCAGCUGCGCAAGGGUCAUACCUUCCGACACGGUGACCUGAAAACGUUCGUCCUCACCAACAACGUGUUUGCCUUCACCCGAAGCCUCAAGGAUCACCAGACAUAUGCGGUGGCGGUGAACGUCAACCCGUUCGACGUGGAUUUGAACUUGAAGGAUCUGGGCGAAGAGGUGGGUAAGGUUAAGGUAGUGAUCAGUUCGCUGCAUUCGGACAUGAAGGAGGGUGAUCAGUAUGAUGAUGUGCAGAACCUGGUGCUCGGAAGGUACGACACAGUUGUGUUCGAGCUUCUGCCCAGCGGCGGUGCCAUUGUCCAGGUUUCAGUGCUGCUUCUGAUUGCUUCAGUGCUGCGAAACAUUUUCGCAUUAGCCUUAUCAACGAGUCCAAAAUUGGCCGCUUUUGGACGCGUUGUCAAGUACUGCAAGCUGUGCAGCUCGUACAAGUUUUCCCAGCGAGAGGAACCAUCAGCUAUCUCCGAGCUAUCUCUCUCGCAGACCAAUAGGUCUCCUCGAACGUGUCGUUCUAAUCCGCGCGGUGUCCUCUGGGUGGUGAUGAAGCGUGUCCAAGUGUUGUUCUGGGUGGGCCUGUUGGUGGCGGUGGUCAGUGCUAAGACUACCGGCCGAGAAGAGGAUGGUCACGACCAUGACCUGCCUGAGCUGGACUGGUGGGAGGGUGGAGUGUUCUACCAGAUCUAUCCCCGGUCCUUCAAGGACUCAAACGGGGACGGUACCGGAGACAUCAAGGGAAUCCUGGAGACGCUGGACCACCUGGUGGACUUAGGCGUCACGGGAGUGUGGUUUAGUCCGCUGUUCAAAUCCCCGAUGAAGGACUUUGGAUACGACAUUUCCGACUUUCUCGACGUCGAUCCAACGUUCGGCACGAUGAAGGAUUUAGAAGAUCUGCUGGCGAAGGCAAAGCAGCUGGGAAUCAAGGUGAUCCUGGACUUUGUGCCGAACCACACCAGCGACGAGCACGAGUGGUUCGUCAAGUCCAAGAGUGGAGAUCCAGAAUUUCGGGACUUUUAUGUGUGGAAAGACGGCAAAGCUGGCGGAUUGCCACCUAACAAUUGGCAAUCGGUGUUCCAUACGGAUGCGUGGACCAAGCCGGAAGGUAGCACCCAAUUCUAUCUGCAUCAAUUCGAUAAAGGCCAGCCCGAUCUGAACUACGAAAAUCCCAAGGUAAAGGAGGAAAUGAAGAAGAUGAUCGAGUUCUGGUUUUCAAAGGGUGUUGACGGAUUCCGUAUAGAUGCGAUCAACCACGCGUACGAGGAUGAGCGAUUCUUGGACGAGCCGCUGAUUGAUGAGAAUCGUGAGUUGUUCUACGAGAAUAUGGAUCACAAAUAUACCAUGAAUCAGGACAAAUCGUACUCGCUGAUCUACGACUGGCGUGAGCUGUUCGACAAGUGGUCCGUUGAGACGAAGCAAACCAAGCUGAUGAUGACGGAGGCUUACGCCAACCUGGAGCAGACCAUGCGUUGGUAUGGGGAUGGUACGCGCAAGGGAUCGCACUUCCCGUUCAAUUUUGCCAUGAUCAACCGCGUUACGAACAGUUCGGGAGCUGCCCAGCUAAAGGAGGUGAUCGACGAGUGGCUCGACACCAUGCCAAAGGGAGCCAACGCUAACUGGGUGCUGGGAAACCACGAUCGUCCUCGUAUUGCGUCUCGCUUUGGACGUGAACGUGCUGCCAGCUUCGCAGUUCUAGAACUAACACUGCCGGGAAUCGCAGUUGUUUACUAUGGUGAGGAGAUCGGCAUGGAGGACUACCGAGACAUUUCGUUCGAAGAUACGCAGGAUCCUCAGGCUGCCAACACGAACAAGGAGAUCUACCAGCUGUACUCUCGCGAUCCGGUGAGGACUCCCUUCCAGUGGGAUAGCUCAGCUUACGCUGGAUUCACCGCGGCAACCACUGUGAAGACUUGGCUUCCGGUGCACUCAAACUUCAAGGAGCUGAACCUGGCUGCCCAGAAAACCGCUCCCAAGAGUAUCUUCAAGCUGUACCAGCAGCUGAUCAAGCUGCGCAGCGAUCACACCUUCAUGUACGGCGACUUUGAGUCGAAGGCUCUGAUCAACAACGUGUUCGGGUACACGCGGAAGCUGGCGGAACACAAGACGUACGCCGUGGUCGUCAACAUGAACUCGGCCGAUGUGCAGCUGAACAUGAAGAACCUGGAGAAGGACACCCAGAAGCUGAAGGUCGUGGUCAGCACGCCAGAAUCCAAGUUUGAGGAGAACCAGGAGAUUACCGACGUGGAGAACAUGGUUCUGGAGAGUUUCGAUGCGGUCGUGUUCGAGGUAGUCACGGCUGGCAGCUCGGCACUUGUUGGAUCGGUGCUUUUGCUGCUGGGAGCCGUGUUGCGAGCAUUGAUGUAGGUGGCUUUGUGUUAUUUAUUUUGAAGAAGAUGUUGAGUAAAACUAUUUUUUAAGUU